CGUAAUAUAUGAAGGUACACAUUUUUUUCAACUGCUCUUGCGCAAGUCGCUUAAUUAAACGACAAAACCAACUUUAAACAGUGUCUGUCAACGGGAAAAGUACAUUCUUACAGUGUUAUAAAGUGCGGCGUGGCGGGAGAUUGUGAGACCGCGUGACCUCUCUGAGUCACUGGAACCGGAGGAGCGACUUGAGGCAGCCUGUUGAGAUGAGACCGAGAAGAAUAAAACCGUUAAAAGAAGCGGAAGAUCAUGUUCUCCGUUGCAUCGACAAGACCGACGCACUGGAGGCCAAACACAUAAACGAUUAUAAAGGUCGUGGAGUGUUUGCCUUAAUUCCUUUUAUUAAAGGAGAUUUUGUUGUCGAAUAUAGGGGUGAAAUGAUCACCUUAAUUGAAGCCGAACAAAGAAGAGAGGCCAAUCAAGAAUUUUUUUUUAUGUUUGACUUCAUCUGGCAGAACAAGAAGUGGAGCAUUGAUGCAACUCAUGAGGAUGGCACCCUUGGCCGCCUUAUAAAUGAUGAUCACAUAAACCCAAAUUGUACAAUGAAAAGGAUUAUCGUUGAGGGAAAACCCUGUUUGUGCCUAUUCGCUGCAAGAGAUAUCAUUCCUGGAGAGGAACUCACAUAUGACUAUGGAGGAAGUCACUGGCCUUGGAGAAAGCCUCCAUGCAAUGAUGAUGACAACAUGACAGCCAUAGAGAACUGCUCUGAGGAUUCUGUAACUACUGCAGGCACUUCACGAUUCACAGCUGAGCCUCCAUGCAAUGAUGAUGACAACAUGACAGCCAUAGAGAACUGCUCUGAGGAUUCUGUAACUACUGCAGGCACUUCACGAUUCACAUCUCUUUAUCUGUCUGUGCCUAUCUGUCUCCCCUCCAUGCAAUGA